UCAGCAGUGAGCACGGGGCGGGAGGACGGCGCUGUGCCUCUGGGCGGCGGUGAUAAGGCCCGGGCUCGGCGCUGUCUCCCUCCUGUAUGGAGAGUUGAGGUUGUCGGUAGUUAUGAUGCUGCUUCUCCCGGGACUGCUCCUCCGCCGGGGGCCGGUGCUGCGGCCUGCUCUCCGCGGCCUGUGUGCGGGGGCUGUUCGGCUGCACUGUGUACGAGAGGUCGGGGCCGUGCGGCCUACUGCUCUCCGCUUACUGCAGGCGCCCACAGCUAAGACUGCCCGGCCAUAUUCAUCCCAGGGCUCUGGUGAUCCGACAAGCAUUUCCACGGAUAACGAUGGGCAGAAGCCAAGCAAGACGCAGCAGCUGAAGCGAGUCUUCAAGGAAUACGGAGGAGUCGCCGUGGCGUUCCACGUUGGGAUUUCACUGGUGUCUCUGGGAAUCUUCUAUGCCCUGGUCUCCAGCGGCCUGGACGUCCCCUCCCUGCUUCUUACAGUCGGCUUCAGUGAAGCUGUGGUUCAGUCUAAGCUGGCGUCAGGCACCAGCACCUUUGUGUUGGCAUACGCCGUUCAUAAACUGUUUGCACCCGUGCGGAUCAGCAUCACGGUCGUGUCUGUUCCCUUCCUCGUCAGGUACUUCAGGAGGAUCGGUUUCUUCAAACCUCCAUCAUAAGGGUCUGCGUCCUACCAGAUGGAGCCCUACCACCAGGGACGUUGCACUAUAAUGAGCUUUAUUAGGUGCUGGACAAGUAUGUUAAUCAUUUAUAAUGUUGGGAAUGCGAUAAACACUGGAAUAAUGCCUUAGAGUUAAAUCGAUAUAUAAAGUACUGAUCUCGA